CUUUCUUUGGCAAAUUUCCCCAAAGUCUUCUCUCCCAUUGGUCUCCCAAAAAUGGGAGAGAACCAAAAGGGUUAUUGACCCGGUUAGUCUUUCCCUUUUAUUCUUAUUGAGUCAAAAUCUUGAUAAUUCAUUAAUAAUUAGACAUUUACAUUUGCAGCCAGAAUAGGUUUUUGCAUAUUUUGAUUCUAGGUAGGGUUUCAACAUAUACAAAGGAGAUUGACCAAAGACAUCGAAAACAUUCUUGAAUUAAGGAAGUAUGGGUUGUUUUUCAUGUUUUCCAAAAGAAAAAAGACAAGGCAUAGAAAGUGGGACACAAGGAAAGAAACGAAGCAUGAAUUGUUUUCCGUGUUUUUCUUCAGAAGAAUCGACAGAACGAAAGAAACGAAACAUGAAUUGUUUCUCGUGCUUCCAAGCACGAGAAGCGACACAAGGAAAGACGCAGAAAGCCAAUUGUUUUUCAUGUUUCCAAACACAAAAGUCAACCCAAGCAAAGAAAGACGCGACACAAGAAAGGACACCAAAGAUGGGUUGUUUCUCAUGUUUUCCAAAGAAAAAAUCCAUACAAGAAAAGAAACCAAACGCAAAUUGUUUUCCAUGUUUCAUAGCAGAAGCAAAUGAAAACUCCGCAGAAAUAAAGAAGCGAAAUAUGAAAUGCUUUUCAUGUUUUCCAAGACAUGAGAAGAAAGAUUUGAUGCAAGGAAAGAAGCGAAACCGGAGUUAUCUUUCAUGUUUUCCAACACAAGUAAAGAAAGGUCCGACACAAGGAAAGAGACGAAAUAUGAUUCGUCUUCCAUGUUUUGCAACAAGAUGGAAAAGACAGACUAAAAGGUUGAGAAGAUUCGGACAAUGCCAUUGUCUACCUUUUCCAUCGAAGAAUAAGAACAAAGAUUCGGGCGAACUUCAAAGCCGUGAUGUUUCACCUAAAAGGGCGAAAAAGGUUAAGGUCGACAUUAAAGAUCAAGACAACAAAAACCUAUCGGCAAAAAUUUUCACUUUCAAGGAGCUUGCAACAGCAACAAAAAACUUCAAAGAAGAAUGUAUUCUUGGGGAAGGUGGAUUCGGGCGAGUUUAUAAGGGAAAGCUCGAGAAAACAGGCAAGGUUGUAGCGAUAAAGCAACUGAAUCCUGAGGGAAAGCAAGGAAACAAAGAGUUUCUUGUGGAGGUUAUGAUGCUUAGCCAUCUUUCCCAUCCACACUUGGUAAAUUUGGUCGGAUAUUGUGCAGAUGGAGAGCAAAGACUACUCGUGUACGAAUAUAUGCGUGCUGGUUCUCUCGAAAAUCAUCUACUCGAUCUGCCACGUGGCAAACGACCGCUUGAUUGGGCAACGAGGAUGAAGGUAGCAUUGCACGCUGCAAAAGGUCUAGAAUACUUGCACGAGAAUAAUAAUCCUCCGAUUAUUUACCGUGACUUAAAGUCAUCCAACAUAUUGCUGGAUAAGGAUUUUAACGCGAAGCUAUCUGAUUUCGGGCUAGCAAGGAUUGGUCCAGUUGGGGAAAAGACUCAUGUGUCAUCGAGAGUGAUGGGAACAUUCGGAUAUUGUGCACCCGAGUAUCAAAAAACAGGGAGGUUGACUGUGAAAUCAGAUAUUUAUAGCUACGGAGUUGUGUUGUUGGAACUAAUUACAGGGAGACGAGCGGUUGAUUUAACGAGAGAUACCGAAGAAUUGCAUCUUGUUCAAUGGGUGGAGCCAAAGAUCAGGGACCCACACAAAUAUGCGGAAGUGGUUGACCCACUGCUUCAAGGAAAAUACCCACAAUCUGAUUUAAGUCAAGUGUUAGCGAUAGCAGCCAUGUGUCUUGGUGUCAAUGCACCGCUCCGACCACCCAUGAGUGAUGUGGUUGCGGUUCUUGAUUCCCUUGUGCAGGAGUCAAUACACCAUUCAUAUGACUAGUUUGCCCUAAAGAACAUAUCCAGGGUCUCUUUGGUAUGGUGGAAUGGAAUGACUUAUUAUCAAAUAAACCAUUC